GAGUGUCGUCCCGCGUCCCAGAGAUCAUGGCGGCCGGCACCCACUCCCCUGGAGGGCCCAAUGGCAUAAUCCGGAGUCAGUCCUUUGCAGGUUUCAGCACGCUACAAGAGAGACGCUCUCGGUGUAACUCCUUCAUGGGGAACUCUGCGGUGCAGAAGAAGCCCCAGUCCAAGCCAAAGAAGCCUCACCUGUCGGGACACAAGGGGGGCAGCAGUUCCAGAGACCCACAGCCCAAAAGACUGGAGGAGGUUUACAAUGCACUCAAACAAGGCCUCGAUGAGUAUCUGGAAGUUCAUCAAACAGAGCUGGACAAACUUAUGUCUCUGAUGAAGGACAUGAAGAGGAACUCUCGCCUGGGAGUGCUGUACGAUCUUGACAAGCAAAUCAAAACCAUUGAGAGGUACAUGCGACGUCUGGAGUUUCACAUGAGCAAGGUGGACGAGCUGUAUGAGGCCUUUUGCAUCCAGAGCCGUCUGAGGGAAGGUGCCAGUCGGAUGAAGCAGGCUUUUUCAUCCUCUCCUUCCACUAAAGGCACGAAGGAGAGCAUCGCAGAGGUCAACCGGCGCUACAAGGAAUACACUGAGAACAUGGGCACGUUCGAGAGCGAGCUGGAGAACUUGCUCGGGGAAUUUCACAUCAAAAUGAAAGGUUUGGCAGGCUUUGCUAGGCUCUGUCCUGGAGACCAAUAUGAGAUCUUCAUGCGGUACGGUCGUCAGCGGUGGAAGCUGAAGGGAAGGAUUGAAGUGAACUCCAGGCAGAGUUGGGAUGGAGAGGAGAUGGUCUUCAUGCCUCUCAUCACCGACCUUAUUAACAUCAAGGUGACUGAGCUGAAGGGUCUGGCCACACACAUGCUGGUAGGCAGUGUGAUCUGUGAGACCAAGGAGCUGUUCACCGCCAUGCCUCAGGUGGUGGCGGUGGACGUCAACGACCUUGGGACCAUCAAACUCAAUCUGGAGGUCACCUGGUAUCCUUUUGAUGUCGAGGACCUGACUCUUUCAUCUGGGAACGUGAGCAAAGCUACUGCGCUCCAGAGACGAGUGUCUGUCUACAGCCAGGGCACACCGGAGACCCCCACCUUCCAGGACACCUCCUUCUUUGCCACUUUACCAGACGACGUCUUCGAGAACGGUGGCUGCGGGGUGGCCGAGUGCAAGCGUCUCUCCUUCACCUUCUCCGACACCUCUGGUUCCACGCCCAGCCCGAGCCCCGCCCCCAGUUCCCACUCCCAAAGCCAGUCCAACCCAGAGAUCACGGUCACUCCUCCAGAAACAGAGGCACUUUCUUCACAUAUCCUCCCAACGAGGGAAGACUCUAUCGCAGAGGAGCAUUUAGAGGAGGAAGAUGAGGAGGAGGAGGAGGAGGAGGAGGGGUAUGAGGAGGAGGAUGGGGAGACAGGGAGCAGAGGAAGUAGGGGCACAAGCGGCAGCCUUGCCAGCAAUGAAGCCGAGGUGGCGGAGGACUCGGAGUGGGAGAGAACAGAGUCACAGAGAAACUCUGGGUCUAACUGUGGAUCAGCUGCUCCGUCGUUGCUCUGCUCCGACAGUCACCUCUCCACCGUGGCUCCUGAGGACGUUUUCUUUGACCACGCCGAUGAACUCAAACCCGUGGAGUUGGACGAGGAGGCUGGGAGUCUGACCCGGCAGCUUGUGAAGAGGCUGACCUCUUCAGAGAUCGUGUCGUCGAGCGGAAGCUCUACGGAGGGAGGAGGAGGAGGGAGUCUGAGCUGGGCCGGAGAGGGGAGCAGGGCCUUCCUGGAGAGCAGCUUGGAGGAGGCCAUCCACAGCCUGUUAAUGAGACUCGAGUCACUGACCCACCGCUGCAGCGAGCUGCAGGACCUGGAGCAGGAAGUGAUGCGUCUGGAGGAUCUGCUCAAGUGUCGUCUCCCGGGUCACAGGAGCCGCUCCUCCAGCCUCAGUCUGACGGUGGAGAGCGCUCUGGAGAGCUUUGACUUCCUCAACACGUCCGACUUCGAUGACGAGGACACUGGAGACGACAACGCCAUCCUCUGCCUCCCACAGAGGUCGCCGCUUUUUGAUACAGACGGGGAAAGAAUCGGUGGGCAGCAUCCAGAAGCCAGAGGACACCUGAGUGAAGCCCUGACAGAGGACACAGGAGUGGGAAACAGCGUGGCAGGAAGUCCCCUGCCGCUUACCACGGGGAACGAGAACCUGGAUGUAGCUAUUGUCAUCCACCUCCAGUACUGCAAUCACAUCAUACAGUUGUUGAGCGGUGGGGUGAGUGUGUGGCAGCGUCGCAGUCUCCUCCUCAAACUCUCUGCACAGACUCAGCUGUUAGAGGAGCUGGCAGAGAUCAGUGUGGACAGACUGGGAGCGAUCACAUCUGCUGCUGACGUCCUCCCGGGCCUGGCUGAGCGCCCGCAGCUGAUGACUCUGUGGUCAGAGUGCAGCGGGUCUGCAGGACUUUUCCACACCACGCUGGACCGAGUGUUCAAACAUAUGAACCAGCACUACACUGCACUGCUGCAGGACAGACACCCACACAGUGCUCACACAGUGAUUGGUAUCGUAGUGGGCGAGAUGGUGGACAGGAGCGACCUGGUGUCGGCACAAAGUCCUCCAGCCGCCGCUCUCUCUCAGGACGUCCUGACUGUGUUUCAGUUCCACAGCUACAUCCUCCAGCAUGAAGUUCAGGACAUGGAGACACACCUGCUGCACCUGGCCAGAGAGGAGCUGUUUGCGGAGGCUCUACACAGUGGAGACUCUUCCUGCUGUCUAGCAGAGAUGGAGGAGGUGCCCGUGUCCUCUCUGUGGCCGACCAGCAGCACCCUGAGGGCCCUGGCCUCCCUGCUCACAGCGGAGGACCCUCAGGUCAACACGGCAGCAGCCGACUACCUCUCUGCAGGAGCAUCACGCAGCCACUUCAGGAACAGGGCGGUGGAGUGCUACACUCAGGCGCUGUCGGAGGCUGGAGGUCAGAGCCAGAGGGCGGCCUGUUCAGCACUGAGCUGCUUGCAGGCAGUAGAAAGCAUCAGGGCAGUUGUAGCACUCUGUGACUCAGCUGAUGAAGAGCUUCGCCAUGUCGCCAUAGAAACCCUGCUCACAUUUGGUGAGGAGGGGCGUCUGGCGUACGAGCAGCUGGACACAGUGCCGAGGGAGAUUAUCCGUCUGGGCAUGCGGCGAGGAAACGCCGUCACCACUGCCUUCUGAGCCACUGUGCCACCAGAACACACAACAGAUCACAUCUCAGCCCAGACUCUGAGGGCAUCACUGCCCCUCGGCUUCACCUCCACACCGCACCGCACACCUCACAGGGCUGUUAACGACUGAUCACUUUUUUUUUUAUUAAUCUGUUGAUUUUGGCACAGACUAAACAAUCUCCACUAUAAGAUCACUGUUCUUACUUAUACUGCUUCCUGAUAGGAAAUAACACCAAAUAAACGAUCUUAACCACAAAGACACACACAACCUAUAACCCUCCUGCACACAAACACACACCCCUCAUUCCCCAUCUUCUCCAUCCCCCUCCUCAACCUCUCCCUGCCUCCUGAGCCAGGCAGACCGCUCACGUUGAAUUUAACUGGAUUACACGAGUUUGACUGGAUGACAAAGCCGAUGAAAGUCACUUCAAAGACUCUGGACACCAGAACUUGAGAAAUGCAUCUUCACAUUACCUUUUCCAACGAGCUAUCAACCACUGCACACAACACUUGUAUCACUUACUCAGAUUAAUUAUCAUCUUGAUUGUUACACAGUUGGUUGUGUCAGGCAGUAUUCUAACUUUGAUCUUUGUAUAAUCACUGUUUAUCAAGUUUUAGUUUGUUGUUUUUUCGGCGCUUUCGAAAGAUUUGCACUGUUGUAAAGCAUGUAAAUAUGGCAUAUUUUACACCGCUGGUGUAAUAUAUGUGCUUGUAUUUAAGGUACUUUUUUUAAGUUCUGUUUUCUAGUACGUUCCAUUUUUGAGUUUCAGGGAUUCUUGUAUGGCUGAAGGAUGUGUGUUUUGUGGCAAGGAGGACCAUAAAUAUGUUGAGAAUGGCUUUUUUAGGGGAAGUGGUGCAGUUUAAAAAAUCCCCAGUUUACGCUUGGCUAUGCUAAGCUAAGCUAGUUGAGGAAAAGAUUAAAAACACUGGUGAAAGAGGUCAGCACAGUACCCUCAAAACUCAGCAGUUUAUAUCAGAUUUUUCUCAUACUUGCAGUUGAACAAGUGCAAUUUUUUUGUACAUACGUGACUCUUAUGCACCGAGUAUUUGAUAAAGUUAGCUUCGACCAUCUGAGCCUUGAUGUGGUUGAGCUGGCGGGCUCCACAAGUUCACCCUUUUUGUAAAUGUGUUUUUUCCUAGCAGGUACAGAGCCAGUCGAGGGCAAUAAACUGUGGUUGAGGAUGAUGAAUUUUCUCACAACUGUACAGAGAGUUUCAGAGUUGGUUGUGUUAGCCUAUAUUUAGGCUAAUUGCACAUUCAUUGAGUUUUGUGAGCUAGUAGCAGGACAAGGUAUUUUCUUUGAGAAGCAGCAGAAUGAAGUUUUUUUGUUUGGUACGUCUUUGGUCUGAUUUAAAUCCUCACAUUCUAACUGUAAUGUGGGAAAAACUGACCCGAGGUAAACACCUAGUCCCAACUACUGAGUCUUGUGCUAGUGCACAGCGACAAAACUCACUUUUUGUUCACACGUCGUAUUUAUUAUUCACUCCUUCUUAAAGCUAAUAUUUUUUUGGGAGCUAUACUGUAAUAGUGCAGAAGGCAUUGUUAUGUAAAUGAGUUGUGUAUUUAUGUUCUUUUUGGAGCAGGUCUAGUAUUUGAAAUAUUGUUUAUUGUUGAGAAAAAAAAGGACUCCAUGUUAUUUCCUUGCAAAUUAUUUAAUGCGUGACUUAAAUCGGAGUUUAUUUUGAAUGGAUUAUAAUAGAUAAAUUAUUUUGGAGAAUAGUCUGAUGGUAUGGUAGGUUUCUUAUCCCAUUAAAGGUCCCAAAUUAAUGAGACAUUAUAUAUUAGAAAUGUUACUUUAUUACUUAGAGGAUUUACUAUAACCAAAGGAAGAUUUAAUUUUUAAACUGGUCUUUUAAAAAACCGCUCAUAAUUCAUUAAGGAGAAUGUAUUUUCAACACACUAUUUGCAUUUUUGGCCAGGAUACUCAGACUUAUCUUUAGAAGCACAACUUAAGACAAACCCAUAACAUAAGAACGUGUUACAUUUGGUUCUAACUGCACAGUCCGAAAGCCAUAUUGAUUAAAAACAAGUGGUAAUAUUUUUAUGAAAUGUAUUUUUCUUUUGUAUUAUAACCUGUAAAUGUGUGAAGUUGUUACUAAAAGCUGCAAAUGUUUUGUUUUUUUUCCCUUACAGCCUUUUGAAAAACAUGGUCCAUAUUUUAAAUAAUGAAUUUUAUUUCUUCCAUAACGUGAAUAGCAUUAGAGUAUUUUGGUUCAGUAUCUAUUUCAUCCACUCAUUCAGUGUUUCUUUCUUGAGUGAGCUACUUUCUUUUACAAACUUGCAGCAGAUCAGUGUUAAGAUGAGUUGACUUGUUGGCUGUUCAACACUGCUAACUAUAAGUUGUCAGAAUGUGCACACGAACACAUCUAGAGACUUAAAUACUCUUUAUACAUUUGCAGAAAUUGAUCCUGUUCAAUCUCUGUGGUCAAUAGCUUCUGUUUAGGUCUAUUUAGUUGCAUACUAUUCUUACCUGCUGUCAGUAUUUCCUCUGUUCAUUAACAGCAGUUGCAAUAAAGUUUAUUUUUGCAUAAUUUAA